CGAAUGGAAAUGAAAUAAAAGAAGAGCUUGAUCCGAUUGUUCCUUGCUUGCAUUGGCAGUGGCGAAAUGAGUUCCUCCACGAAAAAGCACGACGUGUUCGUCAGCUUCAGAGGAGACGACACACGAACUAACUUCACUAGCCAUCUUUGCAAAGCUCUCGAAUAUAAAUCAAUCGGAGCUUACAUAGAUUGCCAGCUAGACAGAGGAGAAAGUGUCUGGCCGGCACUUGCCAAAGCAAUUCAGGACUCACAUGUCUCAAUUGUUGUUUUCUCCGAAAACUAUGCUUGUUCCAAAUGGUGUCUGGAAGAGCUGGUGAAAAUUCUUGAAUGCAGAAAAGAACUGGGUUUGGUAGUUAUACCUGUCUUCUACAACAUUGAUCCAUCAGACAUAAGGAAUCAGAAGGGUACUUACGAGAAGGCAUUGUUGGAAUCCGAUGAAGAGAAAGGGCCAAAGUGGAAAGCUGCUCUCACUGAAGCAGCCAAUAUAUCUGGAUGGGACUCUAGGAAACAUAGGGACGAAGCUCAUGUCAUUGAGAAUGUUGUCAAUGAUGUAUUGCAAAAGCUUCAUCUGCGAUGCCCCACUGCAUUAAAGGGCCUUGUUGCAAGUGAAGAAAAUUGCAGAAAUGUAGAUUUAUUACUAAAAUCGUGUAGGGUCAUUGGAAUUUGGGGUAUGGGUGGAAUUGGGGAAGUUGAUGGCUCUAUGUGUAUUAAAGAGUGUGGGGUUGGCCUUAUAAGUGUUUCAGAACUGCCGAGUGUUUUAGAAGAGUUGGACUGGCACUCGGAUAAGAAGAAGGACUUCGUGGAUAUAGUGGAGUUGAUAACAGGACAAAGGAUAACCUUAACAUCAAUUGAACAAUCCGAUGAGAGGAAAAACCAUUUCUCUGCUGUGGAAGAGAUUAUUAAUUCUACCCACAAGGAAGUCAAAACCGAUUCUGACACAGAUUGUGGGCAGAAUACUGCAAUAUCUACAAAUGCGGUCAAAUAUGAAGGAAAUAGAAAAACUGUUGAAUCGGAGUUAGACAAAGAACAUGAAUCUAAAGAAAAGUCAAUUGAAGACAACAGAGGGAGUAAAGAAUAUUUUUCUGAUGUCGAAGAGAGCAUUGAAUAUUGUGCUAGCAGUGCAACCAACGCAACUGCUAAAAGAGGUCCCAAAGAAAAAUCUACAAAGUCUACGGGAACUGUAGCCAAUGAACAUGCACAGAGGUUGGAAGAAUCGAUUAAGCAAGUUGUAGAAAUUCAUGAUACAGACAACUCUGGUAUUAAAUACUCAUCCUUGGACCUUGAGAAUUGCCUUCAACAGUUGGAUGAAAAUCCAUUUGCAAUCCUUGACUUACUUUCUUAUGAAUUAUCCCCUUCACUGAAACAAUCAAAUGAUGCUACAACCCUGCUCAAUGAGUUCCGAACCUUAGUUUUCUCUACUUCGUUGCUAAAGAAAAUUCCAGACCAAUCCUAUCAGCAGCAAGUUGCAGAAUCACUACAGAAACUUCACACUUGUCGUGGAAAAAUUACAAAAGAGCAAGAAGCUGGUUUAGACACAUUUAGAGAGCUCUACAACAAAGCUGUCGACAUUUCUCAAGAUAAGAUGUUAACCGAGGUUAACCAAGCAAAACUGGCAUCUGAGAAGAGAGACUUGUACAACAAACUUGAACAUUCUAAACUGAAAAUUCAACAGUUUGACACCACCAUCUCAACUUGUAAGUCUCAGAGGGAAAACCUCCAAAAGAGACAAAGGGAAAUCCAGAAAGCUAUAAAGACACUUCAACAAGAAAAUGAAGCCUUGGAAAAGGAUAGCUCAACACUAGAGGUUUUAUACUCUGAACAACAAACCAAGAAGAAGGAAACACUUGAAUCAGUGAAGUGUAUUUCGAUUUCUGUUGUUCAAACAACCAAACAAUUAGAAGAACUUGAAAAGAAAAGAUUGAGUUUGGCUUCAGCUUACGAAGACCUCAAAGAGCCAUAUCAAAGAAUGAAGACAAAACCCCCAUUUUAGUCUUCUUUCAUGAGGUCUUUUCCUUUGAUGCAAUUUUUAUUUGAAUCAUUCCAUAGGUAAGUUCCUGGCUGUAAAUAAAUGUGAUGCGUUGAAGAUGACA